AUGCAAUCAGAGGAAGAAUUCACUGAAGUCAGCAAUCCGACAGUUGACACGACUGAUAUGUUAGAAGAUAUUCUUGCAGCGCCGUCGGUGAGUGAUGUCAACACUAAUGAUAUGAGAAAAAUAUUGAAGCAAAAAUGGAAGAGAAAGGGAAAAUCAAAAGGAAAUAGGCCUCGCAAUGUCCAGUCGCAUGAGCGUGUCUCAAAAGGCACCGAACUUCCGCAUGGAUGGUCAAAAUUCAGCAUAUUUUAUCAGCUGCCAUAUUGGAGAAGUUUAAAAAUACGUCACAACUUGGAUGUCAUGCACAUCGAGAAGAACAUAUGCGAGAAUCUCUUGAACACUUUGUUACAGGACGGGAAAAAAUCGAAAGAUGACUUAAGGGCACGUCGAGACCUAGCAGAAUUGAACAUUCGUCCGGAACUACAAGCUAUAGAUAAGGGCGACGGAAAGUUUGAACUCCCAGCCUCCUGUGUCACACUGUUAAAGGAUGAGGUCCACAAUAUGUGUUUAUUUCUAAAGUCCGUGAAGACACCGGAUGGUUAUGCUUCAAACAUUUCAGCAAAUGUGCAUAUUGAGGACAGAAAGAUUUUGGGACUCAAGACACAUGAUCAUCAUAUUCUAUUACAUCAACUUCUCCCGGUUGCGUUGCGACAUGCUGACAAGGAACUCACGAUGGUGGUAAUAGAAUUCUGCGGUUUCUUCAAGCAACUGUGCUCUAAGGUGAUUGAUGUCAGGGAGUUUGAAGAAUUAGAGGGACGUGUUGCUAAUAUAUUGUGUAAAAUAGAAAUACUAUUUCCACCCUCAUUCUUCAUGGUCAUGGUGCAUCUCACAAUACAUUUAGCAUACGAAGCCCGCAUCGCAGGACCACGUCAAUUGCGUAACAGAGCUCGCCCAGAAGGUUCAAUAGCUGAAAGUUACGUGAGAAGCGAGUGUCUCUUAUUUGCCUCUCGUUAUAUGAGAGGGGAACAAACUGAACUUCAAGCACCCGUUGAUAAUAAGGAGUACACAGUUCUCUAUCCUCGCGGGCUGAACAAAAAUUAUUCUAACAUAUUAUUAGAUCAAGCGCAUGCAUAUGUUAUAAAUAAUCUUGAAAUCUUCUCGGAGUACCGGAGGCAACAUCAGGAAAAACUUAAGAAUGAAGUUACCGGUAGUACAGCUGUACAUGACAUUAAAGAAAGGCAUAUGAAGGAAUUCCCUGCUUGGUUGAAUAGUGAAAUCCAGGAACAACUUGUCCUUAAUAAUCAAAUAUCAGAAGAAGUGAAGGUUCACGCAAAGCGGCCUUACUAUGCUGUAAUUCAAUAUGGUGGGUAUCGUGUUAACGGUUAUAAAUUUCACACAAUGGAGGUUGAUGAUACGAAGGUCACCCAGAAUAGUGGUGUCAUGGCUACCUUCUCACGGGAAUGUUUCUCAAACAGAAGAGAUCAGAAUCCAGUUGAAAAUAAUAUGACAUAUUAUGGAAGGUUGGAAGAUGUGGUGGAGAUAUUCUACGGCUAUGGUGGUCCAAAUGAACAUAAAUACAUGAUGUUCAUGAUUCGUUGGUGUUUUACAAAGACUCAAAAGGAUCCCUUUGGAUUUACAAUUGUCAAUCUCGAUAAAGAAAUUGAUAGUGAUGAAAAAUUCAUGUUUGCAUCUCAGGUGGGACAAUGUUUCUAUGUGAAAGAUCCUACAGUUAAAGACGAGUGGGUUGUCUUGUACAAGGAUUCUAGGGCUUAUAUUCAACCUUCCACGAAUGAAGAUGAUGACGAGAGCUAUAUAAACAACUUCAAUGAGCCAAAUACAGCGAUCGAUGAAUUCUCGUACCCUCAAAACUAUGCAAAGUUCUUGAAGGACUUAUGCACUAAGAAAAGAACCACCAAUGUCCCCAAGAAAGUCUUCUUAGCUGCCAACCUCAGUGAAAUCUUUUCGAAACCAAUGCCAUUGAAAUACAAGGACCCUGGUUGUCCCACAAUUCCAUGCGUCAUAGGUAACACUCACAUUGAUAAGGCACUUCUAGACUUGGGAGCCAGCGUCAACCUCCUUCCUUAUUCAGUCUAUCAACAGCUAGGAAGACCGUUCUUAGCCACCUCAAAUGCUUUGAUAAACUGUAGAACCGGUCAGAUGAAACUAUCUUUUGGGAAUAUGACUGUUGACCUCAAUAUCUUCAACUUAGGGAGACAGCCUAGUGAUCCAUCUGAUGAACCCAUGGAAGUGAAUUUCAUUCAAGGAAUAUCCAGUGAACAACAAGAGGGAGAGUGUGAGUCUGAUUCAAAUGCAUCUGAUUUAAUGAUUGAGGAGCUUUCUGAUGACGAACUUGAGAUAGAACCGCUGGUCAAUCAUGUUUUUGCUGUUGGCUGGCAACGAGAACCUUUAGAGAUAGAACCCCGAGUCCAGCUUCGCCCAUCUGUGGAGGAACCCCCUAAGUUAGAGCUCAAACCUCUACCCGAAAAUCUAGAGUAUGCCUACUUAGGGGAGAACGAGUCUUUACCAGUUAUCAUUUCUUCUGAGUUGACUACCGGACACGAGUUCUACUGUUUCCUGGAUGGAUAUUCAGGUUACAAUCAAAUCCCUAUCGCUCCAGAAGAUCAGGAGAAAACCACCUUCACUUGCCCGUAUGGAACAUUCGCAUACCGACGCAUGCCUUUUGGCCUGUGCAAUGCACCGGCCACAUUCCAACGUUGCAUGAUCAGUAUUUUUUCCGACAUGGUAGAGCGAUUUCUCGAAAUUUUCAUGGAUGACUUUUCCAUUUUUGGUGACACAUUUUCCCAAUGUUUGCAUCAUCUUAAACUGGUCCUAGAACGGUUUUUCACUGAUCAUGCCGCACUAAAGUAUCUUUUGACCAAAAAGGAUGCUAAAGCACGGCUAGCCUGUGGGGGCCACUUUGGCCCGAGAAAAACAGCUGAAAAAGUUCUCCAAUCUGGGCUGUAUUGGCCCACUCUCUUUAAGGAUUCAUUCGAGUUUUGCAAAACCUGUAACCGCUGUCAGCUUUUAGGGAAGGUCACUAGGAGAAAUAUGAUGCCUUUACAACCCAUCUUAUCUGUUGAACUUUUUGAUCUGUGGGGUAUCGAUUUCAUGGGACCAUUUCCAAAUUCCUUUGGAAAUGUCUACAUUCUAGUAGCCGUUGAAUACAUGUCAAAAUGGGUUGAGGCGGUAGCUUGCAAAACUAAUGACAACAAGGUCGUUGUCAAGUUUUUGAAAGAGAACAUUUUUGCCCGGUUUGGAGUACCUCGAGCGAUCAUCAGUGAUAACGGUACACAUUUCUGUAACCGUUCUUUCGAGGCUUUGAUGAGGAAAUAUUCAAUCACACACAAAUUGUCAACUCCUUAUCACCCCCAAACCAGUGGACAAGUAGAGGUCACAAACAGGCAGAUCAAACAAAUCUUAGAAAAAACAGUUAAUCAUAACAGAAAAGAUUGGUCUGUAAAAUUGUGUGAUAAACCAACUCCCCAAAUUGCUUCGUUUCUCCAAAUUGCCGCUUCCUUUCCUUCGAUCUUAGAAAUUGUGCUCUGCCUCGAGAACCCAGGCGUCGCCGAACGAUGA